AGCCCACCCCAAGCUCCCAUCACCCACUGCCUGUCCUGUGACCGGCUCCCACUCACCCAGCGGCGGCCGAAGACGGUGGAUUAACCCCUAAGCCCGUGGCCAGACACAGCUUCCAGCACCGGGAUUGAUCCCACACACGCCGUGGGGACACCUCCAUGCCACCACCGUCCUUGCCACCGGGGACGUACCUGCUGUGGGUGAUUUCAUGAGCGCAACAUAGUGCAGGGAAGCAGGGGGACCGGCACCCUUCCCACCUGCUGAAAGCCAAGGUGACGUGAGGCGUUCCCCCAAGAGCAUCAGAGAAGGGGCGAUGGGGAGGCCAGGGAUGUGACGGACAACCCCAGUGCUGGAAGCCCAUCAAGGGCUGGUUUUGGGGGCUUUUUUUUUUUUUCAAAGGCAGGGGCAAGGUGAGGGGUGCAACAUGAGCCUGGGGAAGCUGCCGGUGCUCAGCUGGGUGUCAGGCUCCCACGGCAAGCGGCGGCUGAAGUCGGAGCUGACACCGGACAUGAUCAGCCCGCCACUGGGGGACUUUCGGCACACCAUGCACGUGGGACGUGGCGGGGACGUCUUCGGGGACACCUCUUUCCUCAGCAACCACGGCGGGGCCGACACGGCCAAAGCCAACAACUUCUUUGCCCGGACGCUGCGGCACGUCCGCCGGACACCAUUGAGGAGCCGGGGCGGUGGGGGCCAAGCGGGGACGUCGCCCGCCCCCCCAGCCGUCUCGCCCAUCAUCAAGAACGCCGUCUCCCUGCCACAGCUCAACGAGGGGACGUACGACGGCGGUGGCAGCCGGGGCUUGACCAGCAAGUUCUCCUUCAAAAGUGCCUCCAACAGCUUCUCCAAAACGCACCAGACCUACGGGCUGGAGUCCGGGUUUUGCACCAUCCCUCGCGUCCCUCGCUUGGAAAAGGCCCAAGAGAGCACCUUCUCUGGGGAAGCAGAGCUGAAGCGCUCGGACUCCCUGCUCUCCUUCCGCCUGGACCUGGGGCCCUCCCUGAUGAGCGAGCUCCUCCAGGUGAUGAGCUUCUCCGAAACCAACGGGAACGAGGUGGGGGAAGAUGGCCCAGACCUCCUGUGUGGCGAGGGGACCAAGGACGGGAUCCCUCCGGCAUCGGGUGCAUCCCAGGGAGAGGACAAGGCAACGACCAGUUUCUGGGACCGCUCCGCGCAGAGCAGCCCGUCGGGAGCCAACUCGCUGUCGGGACUGUCGGUCCGUGCCAAUGGAGAGGCACACGCCAUCGAGGGCGCUGGACAAGACCCUGCCUGGGCUUCGGAGCCCGGGGCAGCGCCCAGAGGAAUCCCGUGGCAGGGGCACUGGAACGACUGCACCAUCGAGGCGGGAGAGUUUGACCGGGCAGCCCAGGUCCUGGCCCGCCAUUACGGUGGGACCAGCACCCCGCAGAGCUCGGAGAAGGGCGAAAGUCCCCGGCAAGCCCGGACGCAGGCUCUGUGGGAGACCCCCAGCAGCAGCUCGUGGCGGUCGCAAGUGACAGGGGAGAGCCGGUCCCCAGAGGCCACCUGGAACCAAGGAGAGGAGGAGGAGGAGGAGGAGGAGGAGGAGGAGGAGGAGGAGGAGGAGGAGGAGGAGGCCAUGCUCUCCAGCCUGCAGGAGGGGUAUGCUGGUGCCCAGGGGAGGCGCAGCAAUUCCUUCGAGUAUGCCGAUGAGGAGGAGGAGGAGGAUGAUGAAGUCAAGGUGUGAAUGGCCAUCCCUCCCAUCGCGGCCCCUCUCCAGAGGCACUGGUGCCGGGGUCUUCACCCUCCUCCCUGUCCCCCAACCUCAGGCGCCAGCGUUGCUGGCAGACCCAGCGGGCAACCUCCUUGCCAAGCUGGGGCCACUGGGGGGGGGGACGGAGGGGGGGGGCAGGAGGAGAGCCCGUCUCCUGGGGGACUCCCUGGGGCUGGGCUAAGCUGCUGCGGAGGGCUGGUGAGGGCUGUGCAUCACAGCGCUGGGCAUCGCAGCCCUUCCCCAGCCUCACUGCCGUUAGACAUCAAAGGGACAUUCCCAUGUGCCAAAGAAAACCAAAACCACUUCCUACCCCAUCUUGUUCCCCCCAGCAAUCUCUCUCUCUCCCAUCCCUCAGCCUGGCCCCACCAACAUGUCCGGGGAUGUGCCCUGUCCUCCCACCGAAGCCCCCAACCGCCCUCUGCACUGGCACGACUGCCCUCCUGGAAAUAUUCACACCAAUAGCUCUGGCGUGUAGGGCAUGGGGUUCUCCCCAGCUCCAGCUGGUGCAAGACCCUCCCAUAUAGCACAUCUAUCUACUGAGGGAGGUCAGCUGGGGACUCAAGGGGGAGGCAAACCCCACAGAGCUGAGCUUUCUCUUUUUCCUUCCCCCCAAAAAAGCCACGAGCCCAGCAUUCAGGAGGUGAGAGCAUGCACAGAGAUAAUUGCAGGGAUCUUUCCACUUGCCUCCUGCUGCUGAACGUCACUUAGGAUGGCUCCUUUUCUGACCCCCGCCCCGUCACAGCAGGGAGGUGAGAAGCUUCUUGGCUAGAUGGAGGCAGAGGCGAGGUUAUCAGGUCACCAAAUUCUGCAGUUCGGGCCCUAAAAAUCCCUUCCUUUCCCCCUGCCUCAGAACAAGAAGACUCCCACUCUGCAGCCACUUGGGUCUGCGCCACCUCUUCUCCAUCCUUGCCCCCUCUCCUCAUUCCCCAUGCGCGCACCCCUUUUUCCAGCACACCCCUUCCCAGGGGUACGCCUGGAGGAUGGCUAAUGCCCCUCACCGAGUGGCCCCGGGCGACGCGGCCACCCUGGAAUGAGUUGCCCCCCCCACGCUGCCCCGCUUGCAAACUGGCCCUCACAGAAGCGCCUUUGUGCCGCAGCGUGGAGCCGAGAUGCUCGGGGGCUGAGGUCACCGGAGGGACCCUCACAGGACCCCCCUUGUUCUCCAGGACAGGAGGGGGUGUGCGUCGGGGGGGGGGCCCGCAAGGCUCUGCUCCCACGCAGCUCACCCGUCGCCCGCCUGCUUCUGGCGGGGAGCUCUCCAGAGCAGAAUAAAGAGGCUCCAGCGUGCACGCGUGUUGUACACGGGAGUGCCGCUCGCAGUCAGGCCAUCAGGGUUAUGGGCAAGCCCAUUCUCCCUCAGCAUCCCAAGGCGGCUGCCUCGUGCCGGCCAGCAGCAGCAAGCCGGGGCAGGCAGCAGCUUCAAGGAGUCCCCCAGUUCUGGCCACUGGUAGCCAGCAGGAUCAGCCUUAUCACCCCUGCCCUCUCUGGGGUGGGGACCCUGGCUCUCAGGACAAGCUCCCCCCGCUGUCUGCUUCCCAGACCAUAACACAAGCUCCAGACCAAAGACCCACAUCCGUGGAAUAUCCUUUCUGCCUCCACUCUGUAUCCCAUGCACUUAUUAUUGUCCUCAUUAAAACAGUUUUGAUACUAA